UGAUCUCCACUCGCCUUCUACUCUUAUUUUCGCAAGCUCCCCAAAACAGUCAUCUCCAUCUCCCCAAUGCCAGAGCUCUCCGAAACCUACGCCUGCGUGCCGUCCACGGAGCGCGGCCGAGGCAUUCUCAUCUCCGGCGAUCCCAAAUCCAAUGCCAUUCUCUAUACCAACGGUAGAUCCGUCAUCAUCCGCUACCUCCAUAAGCCUCUCGAGGUCUCCAUCUAUGGAGAGCACGCGUAUCAGGCUACCGUGGCGCGUUUCUCCCCCAACGGCGAGUGGAUCGCAUCAGCGGACGUCUCAGGAACGGUUAGGAUUUGGGGGACGCACAAUGAUCAUGUGCUGAAGAAGGAGUUUAGGGUUUUGUCUGGUCGGAUCGAUGAUCUUCAAUGGUCAGCGGAUGGGAUGAGGAUCGUGGUGUCUGGUGACGGCAAGGGCAAGUCGUUUGUUCGCGCUUUUAUGUGGGACUCAGGCAGUAAUGUGGGGGAGUUUGAUGGCCAUUCAAAGCGAGUUCUUAGCUGUGCAUUUAAGCCAACCCGACCAUUUCGCAUAGUCACAUGUGGAGAGGACUUUCUAGUGAACUUCUACGAAGGACCACCUUUUAAAUUCAAGCAAUCCCACAGGCAUCAUUCAAAUUUUGUCAACUGUAUAAGGUAUUCUCCAGAUGGGAGCAAGUUCAUCAGUGUAAGUUCUGAUAAGAAGGGUGUGAUUUACGAUGGAAAAACCGGAGAGAAGAUUGGAGAGCUAUCCUCUGAAGAUGGUCAUAAAGGCAGCAUCUAUGCUGUCAGCUGGAGUCCUGAUAGUAAACAAGUGUUGACUGUGUCUGCUGACAAGUCUGCAAAAGUAUGGGAGAUCUCUGAAGAUGGUAAUGGAAAGGUGAAGAAAACUUUAACUUGUCCCGGCUCAGGAGGAGUGGAAGACAUGUUAGUGGGGUGUCUUUGGCAAAAUGAUCAUCUUGUCACGAUUUCUCUUGGUGGCACAGUCAGUAUAUUCUCAGCAAGUGAUCUGGAUAAAGGCCCAUUAUCGUUCUCUGGACACAUGAAGAAUGUUAAUUCACUAGCAGUACUCAAAAGCAAUCCCAAAGUUAUAUUGUCCACCAGCUAUGAUGGUUUAAUAAUUAAAUGGAUUCAAGGAAUUGGAUAUAGCGGAAGAUUGGAUAGGAAAGAGAAUUCUCAAAUCAAGUGUUUUGCAGCAGUUGAAGAAGAGAUUGUUUCAUCUGGAUUUGACAACAAGAUUUGGAGAGUUUCUCUACAAGGGGAUCAAUGUGGGGAUGCAGAUUGCGUUGAUAUUGGCAGUCAACCAAAGGACUUGAGCCUUUCCCUUCUUUCUCCUGAACUGGCACUGGUUUCAACUGAUUCAGGAGUUGUUAUUCUCCGUGGUACAAAUGUAGUAUCGACCAUUAACCUUGGGUUUCCUGUGGCUGCAUCUGUAAUCUCACCUGAUGGAAGUGAAGCUAUAAUAGGUGGGCAGGAUGGUAAAUUACACAUAUAUUCUGUCACAGGUGAUACUUUAAAAGAAGAGGCAGUACUUGAGAAACAUCGUGGUGCAAUUACUGUUAUACGUUAUUCCCCAGAUGUUUCUAUGUUUGCAUCAGGAGAUGCCAAUCGAGAAGCUGUUGUCUGGGACCGUGCUUCCAGAGAGGUGAGGGUUAAGAACAUGUUGUACCAUACUGCCCGCAUAAAUUGCCUGGCCUGGUCUCCUGAUAACAGCAUGGUAGCUACUGGGUCACUCGACACAUGUGUCAUCAUAUAUGAGAUUGACAAGCCAGCAUCCAGCCGUGUCACCAUAAAGGGAGCCCACUUGGGUGGGGUUUAUGGUUUAGCAUUUACUGACGAUACCAGUGUGGUGAGUUCUGGCGAAGAUGCUUGUGUUCGAGUUUGGAAGUUAACCCCACAAUAGACAAAGAUGAUGGAGCCCACUGAGGGGACACCAAGGUCAAGAAUAACUAAUAAAUUGGGUAAAUAUACCAGGUUUUUAUGUUUGUUGUGAGUUCAGCUUGAGAUCGAAACUGGAGAAAGAAGUGGGGAAAGGAGCAUUAUUCUGGAGAGCAUUUUAGUAAGUUAUGAUUGUGCGGAUAGUUUCCCAUCUGCUCUAUUUAAGUGACAGUUUGGUCAAGACUUGUGCCCUUUUUUGCAGCUUGGGGGUGAUUAGGCGACUAGUGAAUUGGUAUGGUGUUAUAAUGCACGUAAAAACGCAGAAAUUUUAAGACUGACAUCUUCGCUGAGAAUGGUCAAACUGCAGAAUUUGAACCGUGGAAGCUGUUUUGUGUACAUUUUGCAGUGGGAAAGUCUCAAGUUAGACAGUGCUGGAAGAGGAGAGUGAAUUACGUGUUCUCCCCUUUGUGGUUUGGUUUCCUGUAAUAGAAUCCUAUCAAGGGUUUUUUUUCCUCUUUUUUUUUUUUUUUUUUUUUGCCCGGAAGUGAGACGAAGUUAUUUAUUUUUUGUGUAUUUUUGUUUUUCCACCUGCAGUUAUGGGAAGAGUGAAGAUUGUUGAGUGUGUGUUGGUAGUGUAAUCUUCUUCUUGUUCUGUAAUAAAUGGGUUUCUAAAGACGAGCAAAAGGCCUCAAUACAUGGUUUCUAGUGUAUGUAUAUAGGUGUCAUGAUUUU